AUGCCAACACCUACGACUUCAUGGUUGGGAUUCGUAACGACCGAAGAAUAUCGCGCCAAUCCUCAGGCAAUGAACGAUGAACUGCGGGAGCUGGCGACUGCAGCGGGGUGUAGGAGGGUAUAUCAUGGUGUACAACACGAGGAUCCGGAAUUUGGGUAUUUGGUACCUAUGUGGCCGUCCGCCGAAGCCAGGAAAGCCGCCAGAGAAAGCAAGGAUGAUGCUGAUCAUCAAGCCCUACUUGCCUCCAAGGUUGGGGUAAUCGGCGAAGCAAUGGGGGUCGACUUUGAAUCAAACCCGUCACCAGUAUUCGAAGCCGGCAUUGUCGAAGUGGCGAUGAUGGAGCUCAAUGAGGGCAAAACGGCGGCUGAUGUUGCUCCCUAUCUCAACGAGAUAAUUGCAACGAAAGGAGUUGGUAUCGUCGCCGGAACCUGGGGGACAUCGGAUCAGAACGAGAGGCGGCUUGUCUUGGUAGUUGGCUGGGAGUCAUUAGCAGCACACCAAACGGCCGUUGCUGGGGCAACCGACAGCCUCAAGGCGGCGAUGGCCAGUAUACAGGACAUCGGAACUUUGAAAGUUAACCAUGUCAAGCUGUACCAUUGA